AUGUCAUCGAAUUCAAAAUCAUCUGAGUAUAAAAAUCAAACAAAUAAAACUUUAUUUCAAUUUGAUCGUGGUCCUAUACAAAUUUUAAAUUCUUUUUCAACAUUAACACAAUCAGAAGUAAUAUAUCUUCAAUUACUUUUUUCUGCUUUACUUGAAAUACUCUCAUUAAAUUUAACAAAUAAUGAUCCAAUUAAAUCUCGUCUUUUAUUGCCAAUACUUCUUAAUCUUCUUCAAAGAAGUAAAAUACUUCCAUCAUCAAUGAGUUCAUCAACAUUAUCAAUUCGACAAUUAAAACUUUUUCAAGAUUAUGUACAUAAUUUACAAGAGAUUAUUCAAACAGGAUUAAAUCUUAUUCAAAGACAUUCAACAUCGUCAGAUAGAUCGACUAUUACUAAUCUUUUAGGAAAUAGUUUUGAAAAAACUUUAAUUUCAUCACCAUCAUCAUUACCAUCAAAUAUUAGUAUUGAUAUUCCUCAACAAGAUAUUCAAUUAAAAAUACCAUUACCUUUAAUAAUGAAAGAAACUAUAUCACCAAAUAGUUUUGAUAAUAAUAUUGUUGUUUUUCGUUAUGUUCAAGAUUUUUAUGAACUUCAUAAAUUAGGCAAAGGUGCUUUUGGUUCUGUAUUUUGUGCAAAAAAUCAUUUAGAUGAUCGUAGGUAUGCUAUAAAAAAAAUUGUUUUUAAUGGACAUACAGAUCGUACUCGACGUCAAGCACAACGUGCUUUACGUGAAGUACGAGUUCUUGCAGCAUUAAAUCAUCCAAAUAUAGUACAAUAUCAUUGUGCUUGGCUCGAAUUAGUACCUAUUGACACUCCUACACAUCAAAUAUCAUCGUCAUUAUCACCACCAUCACCACAAAUAAAAAAACCUAUUCCUCAAGUUCAACAAUUUGAUUCUACUGAUGAAUUAAUUGAAUUUAAAGGACAAUCUUCAUCAUCACCACAAAAUAAAAAAGAAAAAGAUGAAGUAAAAUCACCACAAAAAAAUUCAACAACAUCAAUAGAUUGUGAUGAAGAUGAAAGAGAGCCUUCAGUAUUUGGAGUUAAUGAUAAGGAUACUGUUGUACAAAUUCAACAACAAUAUCAUUCUGAUGGUGAUCAUCGUUUAUUAUCUCAUUCAAAAAAUUCUCUUGAACAUAUAAAUUCUCAUUAUGAAACAUUAUCAAAUGAAAAACUCUUAAAUAAAGAAUUAAUUCCACUUCAUACACGAAAUCACUAUAUUCGUCCAAUAAUUCAACCAAAAUAUAUUAAUUCUAAAUUAGUACUUUUUAUUCAAAUGCAAUUAUGUGAUACAACAUUACAUGAUUGGUUACGUCAUCGUGAUCAUAUAAUUAUUGAAGAAACAUCUGAUGAAAAGAAGAUUAUGUUUUACACAUUAAAUGAUUUAGGUCAACAACAAUGUUGGCAUAUUUUUAAACAAAUUUUAGCUGCUAUUCAAUAUCUUCAUUCACAAUCAUUUGUUCAUCGUGAUAUAAAACCACGAAAUAUUUUUCUUUCAUGCGAUUCAAAAGAUAGUUCAUCUAUUCAUGUUAAAUUAGGUGAUUUUGGUUUAGCUACUUUACUUGAUUCCGAAUCUACGUCUGAUUCAUUUGAACAAUUUAAAUGUGAUGAUUCAUCUGGUGUUGGUACAGCUUUAUAUGCACCACCUGAACAACUUAAUUCAAAUCAAUGUAUUGCAACAACUAAAUCAGAUUCAUAUAGUUUAGGAAUUGUUCUUUUUGAAUUAUUUAAUAUAUUUCUAACUGAAAUGGAACGAUAUCAUUGUUUAAAUGAUUUACGUAUAAAUAUGAAAGUUGAAGAGCAAUUUUCAAAAUAUUAUCCACAUGAAACAAAUAUUAUUGAACAAUUAAUAUCAAUUGAAAGUGAUAAACGACCAACUGUUGAACAAAUAUUAACAAUAUAUAGAAAAGAAAUUCAGCAAAAAAUGAAAAAACCAAAUAAUACAAAACAAAUGGUUAUUGAUGAGUUGAAAGAAGAAUUAUGUGAUAAAAAUAAAAGAAUUCAACAAUUAGAACUUGAAUUAGAAAAAAAUAAAUCAUAG